UCACUACGCCCACGCGCACGGACGCGCUCACGCCGCAGCGUCUCAUUAAAGCGGCGGAGCCCAAGAGGAGCGAAACAUGGCGACCUCGAAUAAUCCGCGAAAAUUCAGCGAAAAGAUCGCGUUACACAACCAGAAGCAAGCGGAAGAGACAGCUGCGUUCGAGGAGGUGAUGAAAGACCUGAGCAUUACUCGCGCGGCGCGUUUACAAUUACAGAAGACUCAAUAUUUACAGCUCGGUCAGAACCGAGGACAGUACUAUGGCGGCUCUUUGCCAAAUGUCAAUCAGAUUGGAAACACCACCAUUGACCUUCCCUUUCAGGUGAGGAGCACUUUGACAGGUGAAAUUAAGAAUGCAUAUGCGGAAUGCAAGUUGUGUACUGACAUCUUCAAGUUUGUUGGUUUUCAUCAGACUCCUUUUCAGAAUUCGGGAUUGGACACAAGCAGAACAACUCGUCACCAUGGGCUGGUGGACAGGGUCUACCGGGACAGGAAUCGCAUCACGUCGCCAAACCGCAGACCUCUCUCUGUGGACAAACAUGGCCGUCAAAUUGAUAGCUGUCCAUAUGCCUCUGUGUAUCUGUCACCCCCACCUGAUACCAGCUGGAGGAGGACCAACUCAGACUCUGCCCUGCAUCAGAGCACUUUGAACCCAAACCCACAAGAUGCAUUUGCAGGAGGGUCUCAAGAUUUGCAGCCAAAACAAGUUCUUCUUCUCACUAUGCCAGGAACAGGGGAACCUGAAAGUGACAUGGACAAAGAAGGUCAAAAGCAGAUAUGGGAUCACAAAAAGACUACUUCACCAAGGCCCAAGGCAAACAAAAUACCUGGAAUCAACAUAUUUCCAUCUCCAGAUCAGGAAAUGAUUGCAUCUCUAAUCCCAGCGGCACACAACACGGGCGGCUCUCUGCCAGACCUGACCAACAUCCAGAUCCCCCCUCCUCUCCCCACACCCCUGGACCCUGAUGACUCCUCUUCCUCUGUCAGUGCCUCCAACAGCACUGGCAACCUGGCCAACACUCACAUGGGCCUCACGUCUGUCAGCCAAGGUGUGACAUCAGCCCAGCCCACAGCGACAGUGAGCAUUCAGCGCCGCCAUGAGAAUGUAGUUCCUCUGAUCCUCAAUACAGACUCCCAGCAGCACCCGAGUCUUCAGCAGCUGUCGCCCACCCUCUCUCCUCCUCUCUCUCUGGCACAGGCGGUGGCGAUAGACGCCAUGACGCUGGAGCAGCAGUUGGCUCAGUAUGCGUUCUUCAGUCAGCCGUCCACACAGACACAGGGGGUCGGUGGGCUUCCCCAGCUCCAGCAGAACACCCAGCUGCCAUCUGUCUCUGGCAGCCAGACACAAACCUCUGUGGGCAUUGAUAUUAACACGGCUGCUUCCCUCCAGCAGUACCGCUGUAGGGUGGGGUCUUCGGCCAAUCAGUCUCCAACCUCUCCGGUCUCCAAUCAAGGCUUCUCUCCAGGGGGCUCGCCUCAACACUCAUCCAUUCUCGGAAGUGUCUUUGGUGAUGCCUUUUACGACCAGCAGCUCUCCCCUCGGCAGACCAGUGCUUUGUCUCAGCAGCUGGAGCAGUUUAACAUGAUUGAGAAUCCCAUCAGCUCAAACAGUCUGUACACUGAGGGAUCCACUCUAAACUACUCUCAAGCUGCGAUGCUAAACCUCACCGGGAGCCACGGCAGCCUGCAGGACGCACAGCAGCUAGGCUACAGCAGCCAUGGGAACAUCCCCAACAUCAUUCUCACAGGUGACGUGAGCUUUGACGCAGAUUCCCAGUUCCCUCUGGAUGAGCUGAAAAUCGAUCCGCUGACGCUGGACGGCCUUCACAUGCUCAACGAUCCAGACAUGGUUCUGGCCGACUCUGCAACAGAAGAUGCUUUCCGGAUGGACAGGCUGUGAAAUCUUUAGGUAUACCAUGUUCAUUUGUCCUUCUUUGAGAUGGGUGUUUAAAUGGGAGAGAAGCAGCAUGUCUGGGGGACACUUUGGCCCUGUUUCUCAAAGCCCAUCCUCUGGGAAGAGAUUGCUGAGAAUGCUGCCACAGCAUGCUAGGGGGAAAAUGGGAAAGCAGUACUGCCACUUCUAACGAAUCAACCUUUUGAGCAAGCAGCCCAUCGUUUCUUAGGAUAAUACACUCGCACCUCAGCAAUUGUGGUUCCUUUAGCUCUAUAGAGAGAAUGUGACACUACAUAAGUUCCCUCUUAACAUUCAAACAUGCGUUCUUCCAUUUCAUUUCCUCCUUCUGAUGCCUGCCAUACAUGCCUGUUACUUUCCUUUUUCUUUAAAUAUAAAAAUUUAGUUAUGCACUUUUAUACAUGCAUAUGCCACCAAAAACAUUGUUUAUGAUCCGUUUUUAAUUUAUUUUCCUUUACAAAUAUUUCUUGCUUGUAAGAACAUUAAUGGUUAAAAAGGAGUGUUAAUCCUCCCCAUUUUAAAGGCAGAUUUCCUACACCUGCAACAUGUCAACAACACUAAUGUACUUCAGUGCAGUCUGAACAUAUGAUUGUAAUGUUUUAUAGAUGUCUAGUUCUGUCACGUCGUUCUCAGAUAGUGGUACAGUGCUAAUGUGGCUCAAGAUGAUCACGUUCAUCUGGCUGAAAAGUGUACAACUGGAAAUCUUAAUAUCAAAAGACACGUUUAAUGGGAUAAGUUCUGUCACCAUUUGCUCACCCUCUUGUUGUUUCAAGCCUGUAUGACUUAUUUGUGGAAGAAAAUAUUUUUGUCCAUGCAUUGAAAGUCAGUGGAGUCCCAAGCAAACCAUUUGGACCCCAUUGACUUUCAUUGUUUUGGAUAACACAUUUUUUUUUUGUCACACACACAAAAAAGAAACUCUUACAGGUUUUGGAAUGAAAAGAGAGUGAGUAAAUGAUGACAUAACUUUUCAUUUUGGGGUGAACUGUCCCUUUAAAAUGUGCAGUAUAUGCACACAAACGAUGUAAAAGGCAGUAGCUAGUGAACAACUGCCAUGCAAUUUAUGCAUUAGGAAACCUUUUCAUGCCAGUAAUAUGGUGUUUUAAGUCAACAGACUUGUAUAUUAAAUGUACAGUAUGUAGUGUUACAGUAUGGCCUAAAAUCUCAGCCAUGGUAACUGGUACAGUCAAAAUGAUGCUACAAACUUUACUUUGAAAGAAACAUGAAGACAGUAUGUGAUCAUGAUGAUCGUUUGCAUAUAUGUAUCAGAACUAUUCACUGUGAUAACCAGAUUCUGCCUUACACUGAAGAUGCAGUUUUCGUCCGUUUUGUUCAGCGUAGCUGAAGGUGUUUUCUGGUACUGUAACUCACAAGGUUGUCCUGGCACACAGUUCUCAUUCCUCUACUGGUGUCUUUGUGAUAUCAUAUGCCCAAACGGGGAGGUUUACUACUCUUUUUAAAUCCUGUCACUUUCAUCUUUUUGUCAUAUUUCUCAGACUUUUAUAAUCUUACCACUUUUGUAAGUGUGAGAAUUUUGUGUGCAAUUUGACAACAUUAAUACGAUCUUAAUGUUUAAAUUAUUGAAAUGCUGAAUAUAUAUAUAUAUAUAUAUAUAUAUAUAUUUUUUUUUUUUUUUUUUUUAAGAAAUUUUGUUAUGUAAAAUUUCUCUACGUACAAGGGGAUAAUCAGAUUUGGAUAAAUAUCUAUGCAAAGCAUAAUCAAACAUACUAGAUCACAAAAAUACUAAAGAAAAGGCUCAAACAGACAUAUGGCUUUUACAGCAUCUGUGGGUUCUGAGUCUGUGCAGCUGAAUUUUACUUGUUACAUGGAUUGCUUUGUCUGUUGUCAGCAAAAAGGAAAAUAAAAACAGAAGCAGUUAAUGCAUGAAAACCGUUUGGAUUCUCCAUAAGGGAUUCUUCUUGUAAGGGAUCUGAUUGCACCGUGUAAAUUUCCUGUAUAAAAAAGCAUGACCUACAUGUGCUUUGUCUCUGACAAACUGUUUUCAUGAGGAUCAUGCUUCAUGUGUUCAAAAUGUAAAAUAAUUGACGAGAAGGAUGUGUCAGGUAAUCAGUUACUGUUAUAUUCUUUUACUUGACUGCCUCAUUGAAAAGAACAGCGUUGCUGAAACCAGAAUGUAUUUCAUCAUUUUUAUGUAGGACCAAACAUAUUACUGAAACUAGCAUUAUUUUUGUUACUGUGGUGUUUAUGUACCGUUCCACGUGUUUAAUAGUUGCCCUCUGCUUUGUUGUGGCACCUCCAUUUCAUUUACAAGAGGCUACUUUGUACAGAAACUCAUGGCUAUUGAACUGUGAGCGUUUUGUAUUUUUAUUUUGCAUGUCUGACCAUCACAAGUAUUGGUGAUUGAUAAGCUGUGCACUUUUAUCUCUGUGAUAUUUUAUUUUACAUCUCUAUAUAUGUGUUCUGCAUUUGUGAACUUACUACAUGAAAUCAUUUCCUACAAUUACUUGGCACUUUAAUCAAUACCUAAUCCAUUUUUUUUUCACCCCUCUAAGUGACUGUUAAGUGCACUGGGUCUAUUUCCCCCUCUGUUUGGCCGACUUUGCCUUCUAAUCUAAGACAAGUAUUUUUGAAGAGGAAAAAAGUAUCUGUUGUCUAUUUAUGAUUUUAUACUUGGUCAGCGCAAAAAAAAACAAAAACUUUUUUAUGUAGUAUUAGGAAAAAGUAUCAAGUUCCCCGAUAUUAACAAAAUGCAUUUAAGAAGGCAGGUUACUUUCUGCAUCUCAGUUCACCAUAGUAGACUAUUUUACCUUUUAUAAAGCUUCAUCUCUGGAUCAUAGUGUUUCAUUACCAUCAACUGAACCAAUCCAGAACAUUCUCCAACAGGAGAGCAUGCAGACAAGACACAAUCAUUGUUACCCAUAACUUAUUCAGUAUCUAAUGUAUGCACAGUCUACAUGUAUAUAAAUGCUACACUACAUUUCUAUAUUUUAAAAAGUAAGAGUAGAUCAUAAAAUAUCAGGAGUAUGUAAAAAAAAAAAAAACUACACCUAUAUAAAAUAUAUAUAUAUAUAUAUAUAUAUAUAUAUAUAUAUAUAUAUAUAUAUAUAUAUAUAUAUAUAUAUAUAAAACAUUAAAUGAACAAUAUGGAACUAUAUGUUUUUACAUUUUAAAAUGCUUGAAGUGGACGCUAUACUGUCCCUCCGUUCAGGGGUUUCACACUUUCCUCAAACUCAUGGUUUAAACACACAGAUCUGUGUUCAUUAUCAAGUGUGCUCACACUUCUAGCCAAAUCAUAUGUUUUUAGUACAUUUAGUUUUGCUUUUCAGCCUCUAUACACUGAACCUUGUUGAAGCUUUGUGAAUUAAUAUACUUUUAUGUCUUUGUUUUGUAGUGUUUGCAGUACAACUAUUAGUUUCUGGAUGAUAUCUUUUAUUUUGUGUUUUGUGUAUGUGCAUUGGGAUUUUAAUGUUUAAGUACUGUAAAAGUCUUCACAUGCUCAAAGUCUGUUUGCUACAGUGUGUUGUAGUUAUGUGAUAUUUUUUUUUUUGCCGUGGUUGCUUUAUCCAACCAGUUCCUAGAUUUCCAAAUAUCUGACUUGGCCAGUUUUCUUUGCAUUCAAAAAUGUUUUCACAAGUGUCCUAAUAAUGCAGAAAAAUAAGAGAUCUUUAUUUUGUGGGAUACAAUUGAAAAGCGAUGUCUUGUUUUUUUUUUUUUUUUUUUUUUUAAGUAACUUAUUUUGAUCUGAAAUCUGAAAAUAUCCUGUUUAAUAGCUUGAUAUGAAUGGAAAUAUUACAUAUGCUGAGUAUUCUGUAAUUCGCACCAGUGAAAACACUUUAAAUUUAAAAUAGUUUAUUUUUGUCCCAAACAAGAAUAGGUUUUUAAUUGUGCAAAUGCUUAUUUUUGAGUGUGCCAUUAGAUUUUAACCAUCUUUAACCUAUUCAAAAAAGUUUUUUUUUUUAAGAUGAGGCCUAAUCAUAGUUAUUUUUAUUUUUAUUAAUUUGCACAUCAUUCAUUUGCCAAAAUGCCCAGUUCAUAGGGCCAGAAAAAUAAUAGUGCAGAAAGCUUGUAUACUAUACAUUCAUUCUUUCUCUAUAAUUGACAAGCCAUUGAAAAAAGCCAAAGUUUGUUGUUUGUAUUUUUUAAAAUUGAAGUUAUGCUUGGUCUGUUACUGUUACGGCUUCAAUAUAAAGAUGCUCUUGUGAAUUGCCACAGAGACUACUUAGUGUCUAUGUUGAUCGACGGUAAGAAUUUUCUUUGGUGUUUUAGGACAAGCGUAUUUAAAAAUGAAGCAGUUAUGUAACUUGAUGUAUAAUCUCUCCCAGGGCCAACCAUUUACAUGAGACUCUAUAUGUCUUCAGCCUUUAACACUGAAACCCUGCUUUAUAUUGGGUGAACUUUUACUGCAUGGUACUGAAUAUUAAAAUACCCGCAAGUCUUGAUGUGAUGUCCUGCUUUUUUGCAGUUAUCAAGCUCCGAGUAUAUCUCUCUGCUAGUGCAUUACUAAAACUUUUGCAACUGGAAAUAUCAUUUUUGAUUAAGUGGUUUUGUAUAAUUUUUUUCCUUUAUGUACAAAAAAAAAAUUGUUAUAGUGCUAAAGAGACAACUUGAUAAUGCAACCCAGUGGAACUGAAAUGCAUACAUGUCAAAACGUUAAAAUACUCUACAGUAUGUGCAUUUAAUGAAUGUGAACUGUCUCGGUGGUUCAUAUCUAUACAAAGGCAGCUAAUUUCUAUUUUUUCAGUGUAUGAUAAUUCAGAUGUUGCACAUACAUUUAACUGCAAAGUUCAGACGUUAAUCCAAUUUUUUGCAACAAGACGUAACUCUACUCACCAAAUAUGCAAACCUAGCUUUCAGGAACAUAGCUUUGCAGCUUUGUGGUUUGGUUUAUCUGACCCUUUAAAACAAAAGGAAAAUAUGUUCCUAUUACUAUAUGUUUUCUAUGAAAAAUAGAAAACAAAAUAAUAAUUAAAAAAUAAUAUAAAACAUUGUGGGCUUUGUAAGUGUGCUACUUAUUUAAAACAAUGUUAUCAAGCUUAAAUUCCAUUGUCCUUACUGUAUUUUUCUGUGUGGAAGCUUAAGUCUUUGUACCUUUGCAUUAAUAUUUGUUUAUGGAAUUGAAUAAAAAUGUUAAAAAGCA